AUGAGUACGACUGCUGCAUUACCGCAGCGUCCGUCGAAGCCUCCCCCAGUAGGUCCUGCACCUCCUGCGCCGGGUGCAGUUCCACCAAAUCCUCCUGGUUCGAACACGGGUUCUGCCACUGCAAAUGGUGCAAAAUCCACUCCAACACCAAAUGGCACUUCAAAGGGGAAGAAAACAUCCUCUAAACAGGAAACACCUGUUGACCCGCAGGCGAUGUACGAAAGUCUGAAGAGUAAAAUUGCUGCACUUGAAGAGGAGUUGAACCAUGCGGAUGAAGAGGAAUCUAAGUUCGCCGAUGAAGCACAGAAGAGCGUGCGUGGCAUGGAAGACAACGCCAUACAGUCGAAAUACCUCGAACUUUUUACCGAAAUGAAACGCAUUGAACGAGACCAUGCAAAGGAAAAGCAGAAGUUGACCAAAGACAAGGACACAGCCAAAAGUCAAUUGACAAAGGCAAACCAGACAAAGGCGAAACUAGAGAAUUUUGCUCGUGAUUUGACUAAAGACAACAAGAAGCUACGAGAGGAGAAGCAACAACUUUUGCAGGACGUCGCAAAGGGGCUGGAAGAGAUCAAACAUCUUAGUGCGGAAAUAACGAAGGGAAAGGAGAAGGCAAGACAGCAGGAAAUGAAGAAUCGCGACAAGCCGGAAAUCGUCGUGAAGGUCGUGUGCAAAUACCGCGCAGAGCUUUUCUUUAAGAUUCCACGCAAGACGAAGCUUUCACGUCUUUUCACAGCAUGGGCUGACAGGAUGGAAACCACUUCGGGAAGAAAGGGUAGUGUCCAGGCAAACGGCGUACCCAUUGGUAGUCCAGCACCGAAAGGAGCAAAUGGGAGUGACGCAGCGAGUAUCAAGUCGAAUGCCUCUUCGCAUUCUGCUGGUACAGGAGCGGCAGCGAAUGGCGCAAGUGUAGCUCUUCCAUUGCCCCCGAUGACCUUUGUGUAUACCCAUCAUGGUCGAAGCCUUGAUCCCGAGAUGACUAUUGAGGAAGCAGGUAUUGAAGAGGCGGAUGAGAUCCUUGCCGUUGAGCUUAUGGACUUAACGGGUCCAAUGCCCGACGAUGCGGAGGAGCUCGUGGAAGCACGUGGUCCGAAACUAAAGAAGAAUUGGACGGAUAAUCCUCAGGAGGCGAAAAGAGCGAUGGAAGAAAUCUUCGACGGGGUGACAAAAGAACGGUUGAAAUUCGUUCUUCGACAAUACGAGCUGCGCGAACGGCACUUUGAAUGUUUUGUUCGUUCAAAGGAGCUCGAGUUGUUACUUGCGAGGUAUCGCGAGCAAGAACAGAAGCAGCUCGUGGAGUUUGAACGUAGUCGGAUAGAUAAACUCGAAGAGGACAAUCAGCAGGUGCGGAAGGAGCUCGAGGAUGUGCAUAAUGGGCAGACGUUGUUAAUCGAGAAGUUGAUACAAUGCUGCAAGGAGCCGAAUGCUGAGCGGACACAGCGUCUCUUCACUUCACUCCGUGAAGAACUUGAGAAACGUGGUACAAAGCUCGUGGAUGGUACUGCAGUAGGGUAG